GCUCUGAGCUACUUGGUGCUGAAGAGACGUAGCAAAAAAAACAAACCAAAACCAGACGCUGACUGUUGCUUUCCUGCUCACUGUGCUUUCUUUUCUUUUGCUGAACCACAGCAUGAAUAUUUAACAAGGAGAGAGGGCCAGGUGGUCGCUUUUUAGAAGGACAAUGGGGCGCUUCCCUCUCCUGGGGCACAAGCCCCUUGUGCACAAGAGUAAACCUUUAAGAUGUCUCUCACCAAUGGAAAGCAAGUGAGCACUUCAGCACUGAGGAAAAUCGCUGCCGACAUGAGUAACAUAAUUGAAAGUCUGGACUCGAGGGAGCUGCAUUUUGAAGGGGACGAAUUGGAUAAUGAUGUGGUGCACGAUCCAAGAGCUCCUGUGGGCAUCCCAUUCUCAGCCAUUUAUAACACUAAAGGAUUUAAAGAGCCUCAUGUGCAGCUCUACCUAACCGGGUGUCCCAUCCGAGUACGGGUUCUAGAAGUGGAGCGUUUUACGUCAACAACCAAGGUGCCAAGUCCACGUGUUUACACCAUUGAGCUGACCCAUGCGGAGUUUACAUGGAAAGUGAAAAGAAAGUUCAAGCAUUUUCAGGAGCUGCAUAGAGAACUCCUUCGAUACAAAGCUUUUAUCCGAAUUCCCAUCCCAACCCGGAGACACACUGUGCGGAGACAGACUGUCAAAAGGGGAGAAGCAAGACAAAUACCGAGUCUUCCACGCACCUCUGAAAACAUGGUCAGAGAAGAUCAUCUCUCCAGUAGAAGAAAACAACUGGAAGAUUAUCUCACAAAUCUCUUAAAAAUGCCCCUGUACAAGAAUUAUCAUGGAACUAUGGAAUUCCUUGGUGUAAGUCAACUGUCAUUCAUCCAUGAUCUGGGACCUAAAGGCAUAGAGGGUAUGAUUAUGAAAAGGUCUGGAGGACACCGAAUUCCUGGCUUAAACUGUUGUGGGCAAGGACAGCUAUGCUACCGAUGGUCAAAAAGGUGGUUAGUGGUAAAAGACUCUUUCUUAUUGUACAUGAAGCCAGACAGUGGAGCCAUUUCUUUUGUCCUCCUGGUUGAUAAAGAAUUCAGCAUAAAGAUUGGCAAGAAGGAGACAGAAACUAAAUAUGGGUUACGAAUUGAUAAUCUUUCCCGGUCACUGAUUUUGAAGUGCAACAGCUAUAGACAUGCUCUCUGGUGGUGCCAAGGAAUAGAAGAAUUCAUUCAGAAAAAUGGCAAGAACUACCUCAAGCAUCACAGAUUUGGUUCCUACGCAGCCAUCCAGGAGAACACACUAGCCAAGUGGUAUGUCAAUGCCAAGGGGUACUUCGAAGAUGUAGCAAAUGCCAUGGAAGCUGCCAAGGAAGAGAUUUUCAUCACAGAUUGGUGGCUGAGCCCUGAAAUAUUUAUGAAGCGGCCUGUGGUGGAAGGGAAUCGCUGGAGAUUGGACUGCAUUUUGAGGCGGAAGGCUCAACAAGGAGUGAGAAUCUUUGUGAUUCUUUAUAAAGAGGUAGAACUUGCUCUGGGUAUCAACAGUGAAUAUACCAAAAGGACUCUAAUGCGCCUGCAUCCCAAUAUUAAGGUAAUGAGGCACCCUGAUCAUGUGUCCUCUACUGUUUAUUUAUGGGCCCACCAUGAAAAGCUGGUGAUCAUUGACCAAUCCAUAGCUUUUGUUGGUGGCAUAGACUUGGCGUACGGCAGGUGGGAUGACAAUGAGCACCGACUGACAGAUAUGGGCAGCGUGAAACGCAUGACAGCAACCAAAUCUGAGUCUUCAGUGAAUCUUUCUUCUUUCGCUGAAACUGUUCAACCUCAGAUGGAGACUCCAAUAACAACACCUCUUCAAGGAUGCAGUGACGAUGCUCCAGAAGUUUCAAGAAUGAAAGGAGUAGGGAGACCCAAGAAAUUUGCCAGAUUCAGCAUCUACAGACAGCUCCAUCGACAUACUAUGCAUCGCGCAGAUAGUGUGAGCAGUGUAGACAGUGAUUCCUGUAAAGGUUCAGUUCACAGUUUGAAGACCGGGGUUGGAGAGCUUCUUGGUGAAACUAGAUUCUGGCAUGGAAAAGAUUAUUGCAACUUCGUCUUUAAAGACUGGGUCCAACUGGAUAAACCCUUUGCUGAUUUCAUUGAUCGUUACACCAUGCCAAGGAUGCCCUGGCACGACAUUGCCUCUGUAGUCCAUGGCAAAGCUGCACGAGAUGUAGCUCGGCACUUCAUUCAACGCUGGAACUUCACAAAGAUCAUGAAAUCCAAAUACAGGUCCCUUUCGUACCCUUUCUUGUUGCCAAAAUCUCAGCGAACAGCUGAUGAGUUGAACUAUCAAGUCCCUGAGGCUGUGAAAGCCAAAGUGCAGGUGCUUCGUUCUGCCGCUGAUUGGUCUGCUGGUAUUAAGUACCAUGAAGAAUCAAUCCAUUCUGCUUACGUGAACGUGAUAGAAAACAGCAAGCACUACAUCUAUAUAGAGAACCAGUUUUUUAUUAGCUGCGCCGAUGACAAACUUGUGUCGAACCGAAUUGGUGAUGCCAUUGCACACAGAAUUCUCAAAGCUUACAGGGAAAACAAACGAUACCGAGUCUACGUAGUGAUCCCCCUGCUGCCUGGUUUUGAAGGUGAUAUUUCAACUGGAGGAGGCAAUGCUCUCCAGGCCAUUAUGCAUUUUAACUACAGGACCAUGUGCAGAGGAGAAAAUUCAAUUUUGGGACAGCUGAAAGCUGAAAUUGGAGACCAGUGGAUUAAUUACAUUUCAUUCUGUGGACUUCGAAAUUAUGCUGAGCUGGAAGGGAAACUCAUUACUGAACUGAUCUAUGUCCACAGCAAGCUGCUGAUUGCUGAUGACAACACAGUCAUUAUAGGCUCUGCAAACAUCAAUGACAGAAGCAUGUUGGGGAAAAGAGACAGUGAAAUGGCUGUCAUUGUGGAAGAUACCAACAUGGUUGCUUCAGUGAUGAAUGGGGAAGAUUUCAAAGCAGGAAGAUUUGCCCAAUCUCUUCGCCUUCAGUGCUUUAGGGUUGUUCUUGGCAGCUCAAUAGAUCUGAAUGAUAUCCAGGAUCCUAUAAGUGACAAAUUCUUUAAAGAAGUGUGGGUUGCAACAGCAGCACGUAAUGCCACUAUUUUUGAGAAGGUUUUCCGAUGUCUUCCUAGUGAUGAAGUCAAUAACCUAACUCACCUGCGGGAUUUCAUCAAUAAACCCAAACUUGCAUGCGAGAAUCCGACGAAAGCAACUGAAGAACUGAAGAAAAUCCGUGGAUUUCUAGUCCAGUUUCCCUUUCGCUUUCUGGAUGAAGAGAAUUUGCUUCCCUCUGUCGGAACAAAAGAAUCCAUGGUACCCAUGGAGACAUGGACUUAAAAGAGAAAUCAGCUUGAAUGCUUGUUUCUGAGUAAACAAGACACAGAUCUGGUUUGGCUUCUAUUUUCACAAGAACCUGUUGUCACAAGAAGGAAAAGCUGCACCAAUCCAAAAGUGCCUUUUGAUGAUAGGGUUUUAGAGAAAAUAACAGCUGACUAGAGGCAGUGUUGGAAAUAGCAGAUAAUGGAUAAGUUACAUUCUCAAUGAUUGCAGGGCCAUCCAAGCAACCUGGAAAAUAGGAAAAGGGUAAUGGAAGAUACUUUAUCUAAAAGUCUACAGUCAUAUGUCAAGACACUUCCCAUAUUCCAUGCAUGCUCCUACAUGUUUGGUUAUCUCAAACAAAAUCUACAAAGUCUUCAUUAUAAGUAACUCGGAUAAGAUAUUUGUUAAACUAGCCAUCUUUUAUUCUGGACAAAAAUUGGUAACCGGUUUUCCACAAGGAAAACCUUGUAACUAAGGUUACUGCUUGUAGAAAUUAUAUUUCCAGGCAAAGUGACCUGCAUCUACAUUUCUGCUUUCAAAGAAAUCCCUGUGUAACAGUGAUAACGCCUUGACUCUUUUGCAGGCUCUUAUUGUUGCUUACGUCUUUGUAACUAUGGAACUUGUUAAGAUAGAGUGUUUCUUUAUAAUUCCUUUUUAAAUUCUGCAAAUAGUAUAGCAACUACUGAGAAACACUGCACAAUGCCACUUUGGGUUUAACUGUGAUCUUUCUGGAGUACGUUAUAGAAGUUCUGCAUAGAUUUUUUUUUUUUUUUUAGGGCUGCAUUUAGCAGGAGAAAUAAUUUGUCCUGCAUGUGUCAUGUUGGAACAGUAUGUGUUGAAGAUUUCUGAAGCAGUACUAGUAAGCCGACAGAUUUGUUUUGUGUCUUUAAUGGCCAAAAAAAGUGUAUUGAUGUAAUCAUUUAGCAAAAAUCUCUUUAUUCUCUUCAAGAGGGACCAAUUAAUUCUUCCCAUCUUGCCCAGAAACACACUUGUAUGCCUACGGUUCAGUGUUCCAAUAUUUGAGGAGCUGCUGUCGGGCUCUGAGUUCACUGCCACACAAAGACAAGGGGGUCAACCUAUUU